AAUGGGCGGGCAGCAUCCGCAUGACCCGCGCCGGCGGGAGGGCGUGGGGAGGCAGGCCAGGCGCGCACGCUGCCGGGCCGUAUCGCCGCCCGCGCCGCCGCCGCCGCCAGGACUGGAAGUGAGCCGCCCGGGCCCCGAACGCCAGUCAGCCAGUGAGUGGGUCCCGCAGUCACCGGCAACCAGGGCGAAUCAUGGCGGCCGCCAAGGUGGCUUUAACCAAGAGAGCAGAUCCAGCUGAGCUUAGAACAGUAUUUUUGAAGUAUGCAAGCAUUGAGAAAAACGGUGAAUUUUUCAUGUCCCCCAAUGACUUUGUCACUCGAUACUUGAACAUUUUUGGAGAAAGCCAGCCUAAUCCAAAGACUGUGGAACUUUUAAGUGGAGUGGUGGAUCAGACCAAAGAUGGAUUAAUAUCUUUUCAAGAAUUUGUUGCCUUUGAAUCUGUCCUGUGUGCUCCUGAUGCUUUGUUUAUGGUAGCCUUUCAGCUGUUUGACAAAGCUGGCAAAGGAGAAGUAACUUUUGAGGAUGUUAAGCAAGUUUUUGGACAGACCACAAUUCAUCAACAUAUUCCAUUUAACUGGGAUUCAGAAUUUGUGCAACUACAUUUUGGAAAAGAAAGAAAAAGACACCUGACAUAUGCGGAAUUUACUCAGUUUUUAUUGGAAAUACAACUGGAGCAUGCAAAGCAAGCCUUUGUGCAACGGGACAAUGCUAGGACUGGGAGAGUCACAGCCAUUGACUUCCGAGACAUCAUGGUCACCAUCCGACCCCAUGUCUUGACUCCUUUUGUAGAAGAAUGUCUAGUAGCUGCUGCUGGAGGUACCACAUCCCAUCAAGUUAGUUUCUCCUAUUUUAAUGGAUUUAAUUCGCUCCUUAACAACAUGGAACUCAUUAGAAAGAUCUACAGCACUCUGGCUGGCAACAGGAAAGAUGUCGAAGUGACUAAGGAGGAGUUUGUUCUGGCAGCUCAGAAAUUUGGUCAGGUUACACCCAUGGAAGUUGACAUCUUGUUUCGGUUAGCAGAUUUAUAUGAGCCAAGGGGACGUAUGACCUUAGCAGACAUUGAACGGAUUGCUCCUCUGGAAGAGGGAACUCUGCCCUUUAACUUGGCUGAGGCCCAGAGGCAGAAGGCCUCAGGCGAUUCAGCUCGACCAGUUCUUUUACAAGUUGCAGAGUCCGCCUACAGGUUUGGUCUGGGUUCUGUUGCUGGAGCUGUUGGAGCCACUGCUGUGUAUCCUAUCGAUCUUGUAAAAACUCGAAUGCAGAACCAACGAUCAACUGGCUCUUUUGUGGGAGAACUGAUGUAUAAAAACAGCUUUGACUGUUUUAAGAAAGUGCUACGCUAUGAAGGCUUCUUUGGACUGUAUAGAGGUCUGUUGCCACAGUUAUUGGGAGUUGCCCCAGAGAAGGCCAUAAAACUUACAGUGAACGAUUUUGUGAGGGAUAAAUUUAUGCACAAAGAUGGUUCGGUCCCAAUUGCAGCAGAAAUUCUUGCUGGAGGCUGCGCUGGAGGCUCCCAGGUGAUUUUCACAAAUCCUUUAGAAAUUGUCAAGAUCCGUUUGCAAGUGGCCGGAGAAAUCACUACUGGUCCCCGAGUCAGUGCCUUGUCUGUCGUGCGGGACCUGGGGUUCUUUGGGAUCUACAAGGGUGCCAAAGCAUGCUUUCUGCGGGACAUUCCUUUCUCGGCCAUCUACUUUCCGUGCUAUGCUCAUGUGAAGGCUUCCUUUGCAAAUGAAGAUGGGCAGGUUAGCCCAGGAAGCCUGCUCUUAGCUGGUGCCAUAGCUGGUAUGCCUGCGGCAUCUUUAGUGACCCCUGCUGAUGUUAUCAAGACGAGAUUACAGGUGGCUGCCCGGGCUGGCCAAACCACUUACAGUGGAGUGAUAGACUGCUUUAAAAAGAUACUGCGUGAAGAAGGCCCAAAAGCUCUGUGGAAAGGAGCUGGUGCUCGUGUGUUUCGAUCCUCACCCCAGUUUGGCGUAACUUUGCUGACUUAUGAAUUGCUACAACGAUGGUUCUACAUUGAUUUUGGAGGAGUAAAACCCAUGGGAUCAGAGCCAGUUCCUAAAUCCAGGAUCAACCUGCCUGCCCCGAAUCCUGAUCACGUUGGGGGCUACAAACUGGCAGUUGCUACGUUUGCAGGGAUUGAAAACAAAUUUGGACUUUACCUACCUCUCUUCAAGCCGUCAGUACCUACCUCAAAGGCUAUUGGUGGAGGCCCAUAGGAAGAUCAGCCCCAGGAGAGUGCUGUCUUUUUGUGGGUACUCAGUAAAGAACAUCCCUCCUGGGAGUGAAGCAAUGCUUCAUCCCUUUUACGUCCAUCUCUUGUUUAAAUUCAAAUCCAGGCUUUUUUAUCAUGUGAAAUCAUUCAUUUUCUGGGUGUUUUCUUAACCAGAACAUUGUGAAAUUAUUCAUAAUUAUUCUUUGGCCCUCUGCCCAGAAACCUUUGUUUGUAUCUGAAAAUUGAUGGGAUUUGGUCAACACUAACAUGAUUUGGGCAAAGGAGCAAGUCAGAAUAGAAAUUAGUACUCCCCUCCUUGAACUAGGAUUGUAGUCCCAAAGAGGCUACUGUAAGGCAAUCAUGGUGCUUGGAGCAGUGUUCCGUGUGUGUUUUAAACUGGUAGGAAACUGGGUGCAUAUUUAUACAAAUAAAAAACACUGGAAGAAAUAAAAAAAUAUGUAUCAAGUAUAUUCAGCCUGGUUUCAGAUUUUAAGCAUGCACAAAUUCUGUCUCUGGAUUAUAUUAUGAAGCUUUUAUGUGAAACAUGUUUCUUUGUAAUGAAAACCACAUUGGAGGUGUUUAGUAAUCAUAUUCUGUUACUGGUACCAAGACUACUAGGGAAAUGCCUUUGUACUUUAGGGAAGUACUUUUGGCAUUUUAUUAUAUAGAUGGAAAAAACUGAGAUGUAGCCCCUCUCCUGGAAGUGCUAAUUUUGAAAAACUGCUCAUGUGAUGUACAUGUACUGAUUACUGCCUAUUUUAAUAAACACUCUUGAAAAAUGCAUGUUACCCUGUUGCUGCCUGCCCUAUUCCCCUCAUCUCCCCAUCAUUGGCACCCACUUGCUUUUAAAAUCCACUUUAUCUUGAAUCAUGUAAGACAAAUAUAUUCUGAUGUAAGUAUUUAAUUCAUGUUGCCUUGCAUAAUGGUCAGAGGCACAUGAGUUUGUGAAGGUGGAAAUAAACUAUUUGUAAAGUGA